AUGUCCCCUCGGUACAACGUUUUAUGGCGGAAACAAACGCAGCGGAAGAACAAAACAUGGGACGGGGACGGUAAGCUUGUGAUAGAGGACGACAUGGGGGUUGUCCGCGACGAAGCAGGGAAUUUUCUUGCUAGGGUCAAGAACUGCUCCAAAGUGAUCCACAAUGGGGUUUUUAGGGGAGGAAGCUUCGAAUUCGAGCUCGAUGGGGAAGAUACAGAUGGCGAACCCAUCAUUCCAGCAAAAAGGGCUGCCUCUUCUCCACAACUUGUGGUUGCUCCUAAGAUUCCAAAGAUCCGCAGCGUGGGGCUACUCAAACGACCUCGACUGGCUACCAAAAGUGUUUCUGAUCUAAUCAGCAAACCAGUCAAGCCAGUUUCCACGAUUAGAAAGAACACCACUCCGCUAUUUGAUCCAAAGGAGGAAAAUGCCCUUGUGAUGCCGCGGCCACCAAACUGUGACCCCGAGUCUGUUCGAGAUGUUGUGGUGGAUCCUAUUUUGGUGGAGAAAUUACGCCCCCACCAAAGAAACGGAGUGACUUUUCUGUACGAGUGUCUGAUGGGGUUCCGCAGUUUUGAGGGUCAUGGAGCCCUUUUAGCUGACGGUAUGGGGCUUGGAAAAACGUUGCAAACUAUCACCUUAUUGUGGACUCUUCUGAAGCAGAACCCAAAACCCGGAAACCAGCCUGUUGCUCGUAAGAUUCUAAUCUGCUGUCCUGUCACUCUGGUGAUGAACUGGAAGAAAGAGUUCCGCAAAUGGCUGGGUCCUCAUCGCGUUAGCAUUCUUGCACUAAACGGCUCCUCGGGAAACGAUAAGCAAAACAUCCGCGGAUUUGCCAACACCAACGUCUACCACGUGAUGAUAAUCGGGUAUGAGAAGAUGCUGACCGUUGCUGACGAGCUUGAGCAGAUCAAAUUCGACGUGGUUGUCUGCGACGAGGGCCACAGACUUAAAAGCGGCAGCAACAAAGUUUUAAAAGUUUUGGAGACACUGAAUAUCCGGCACCGGGUACUGCUUUCCGGGACGCCAAUCCAGAACGACCUUACAGAGUUCUACAACGUUGCUAACUUUGUUAAUCCUGGUGUUCUGGGUGAUUUCAAAGGGUUCCAAAAAAACUACAUUAAGCCCAUCUACCGUGCUCGCGAGGCGAACUGUACGAAUGAGCUGGUGCUGCAGCAAGGAGAAACCAUCUCACGGCAACUGAUAGAUCUGACCAAACAGUUUGUGUUGCGGCGCACAAUCGAGGAAAUCACGGCAUUCCUUCCCCCGCGAUCAGACUACAUUUUGUUCGCACCACCAACAAAGCUCCAGACCAAACUGUUUGAGUCGCUGCAAAAGACCGCCCAAUUCUCUCGUAUACUUAAUGCCGCUCCUGCAAACGACUCUUUGCAGCUGAUCACAACGUUCCGAAAAAUAUGCAACUCGCCUGCGCUAUUGACCGACGAUGCGUUAUUUUCCGGGCUGUGUGAUAUAGACGAUUUGCGUGGAGAGCUCAGCAGCAAGGUGCGGAGUGCGAAGAUCAUCUUGCUGGUGAAGCUACUGAAGCAGAUAUACCGUCUCCAAGAUGAGAAGGUGGUACUUGUGUCCAACUAUACCCAGACUUUGGACGUUUUGGAAAAACUCAUGAAUGUUUUGGAGCUACCGUUCACACGCCUCGACGGUGCUACGCCUGCAAAUUUGAGAGACAAGAUUGUCUCCGAUUUUAAUAAGGCGUCCUGGGACUCAAGCUUUGUGUUUCUGCUGAGUGCCAAGUCGGGUGGAAUGGGCCUUAAUUUGGUGGGGGCAUCUCGUCUUAUCCUAUUUGACAACGACUGGAACCCAUCAGUCGACCUUCAAGCUAUGGCUAGAGUACACAGAGAUGGUCAAAAACGUCCUGUACAUAUAUAUCGACUGUUGACUGCCGGGUGCAUUGACGAGAAGAUAUUCCAACGGCAACUGAUCAAAACAAACUUGAGUGAUAAGUUUCUGGACGACUAUAACGACACGAAUGAAAAUUUCUUCGACACCAGUGACCUGAAAGACUUAUUCACUGUGAGCGACAUCAACUCUAAUACCCACCAUCUUCUUGAUUGCAAAUGCGCUGGAGAUGGACAAGACCUAGAGUAUGCGGAGCCAGCCAAAAUUUCGAGAGAACUGAGCUUUAUCUCUGCGCUCAACUACCAGGACCCUAACUUGGAAGGAGAGAAAAAGAAGCAACAGAUCAGAAGAUGUUUGAUGGAUUACCGACAUUUCGAUCCACUCAUCGGCUCACGUACUGGAGAUGCUGUAAUCGAUGGAAUACUCGAUUCGCAGGAUAAAGACAAACCGGCAGUGUCUUACAUUUUCAUGAAGAAUUAG